AGUACCGUGCCCCCGUCAAAAUGGUGCAGUGGAUGACGGUAGCGCAGAAGUUCGAGCUCAUUCAGAAGCAUCGACAGAACCCUUCAUUGUCCACCCGCAAGCUUGCGCUGUGGGCGCAUGAGGCCUUCAACCUCCCGACGGGACCCACGGCCGCGACCGUCUCGCGCGUGCUGAAAUCAGCCGAAGAAAUCGAAGACAAACAGCGUCAUGGCAUCACUCGCAAGGGCCACGGCGUGUCGUGCCCCGAGCUUGAUGUGGCGCUCAAGCUCUAUGUUGACAGUUGCGUCCAGAACCACAUGCAUCUCACACGCCGACUCCUAGUGGACAAGGCGCGUGAGAUCCUGGCCACCAUCCCCGACGCGCCGACACUCAAUCUCUCAGACGGAUGGCUCACCAGCUUCAUGCGGCGUCACGGCAUGGGAUUGCGGCCGCGCUCGCUGCAGACGGACGGGGAGGGAGGCGACUCGGAAAUUCAAUUCGAGCCAAUGAUGUCCACGAGGAUCCAGGCGGCCGCUUCAUCCUCCCGACCAGGAGGGCGCAAAGCAACGUCCAAUACUCAGAGACGUACACGUCCGAUGCAGUUGGGGCUCGUUACGCCACCGCCACCGGCGCCUCAAGCGCCAGCCCCGGUCUAUACUGGGCCCAAGAGAACAGUGCUCAUCACGGGGGCUGACAACUGCACGGGGGUGGCUUUCGUUCAGCACUAUAUGAGGGAAGGAUGGGACGUCAUCGCGGCAUGUCCUGAAGGCGAAAUGUGCUUCAAGGUGAUGCAGUUGGCUCCCUGGAAGAUCGUGGCCAUGGAUCCAGGGUAUAAGGAUUCCGUGGAUGCUGCAGCGGAGGCACUGAUGGACGUACCCAUUGAUCUAUUGAUCAACAAUGCCAGACUGUUCACCAAGGGAUACAUGCACUCAACAACUCCCGAGGAUUGCAUUCACCAGUAUGAAGUGAACGCUCUUGGGCCUUUUAUUGUGUCGCGUGCGUUGCUCCAGAACUUACGCCUUGGAGUCCGUGAUCGCGGCAUGGCCUUCGUCGCGAAUGUGUCGUCGCGUGUAGGCAGCAUCUCGGAGAACUUGGCUGGCGGUUCGUACGGAUUCCGAGCAUCUAUGAGUGCGCUCCACAUGUUCACGAAGACUUUGGUGGCGGAUUUUCUGCCCCACAAGAUCGGAUGUGUAUUGCUACACUCCGGAAUUGACGACAAGCCCGACGGAGUCCCCUCUUCGGCUGACGUUCGACCUGAGGAGAGUGUGGCUGGAAUGGCUCAAGUUAUCGCACGUACGAGACUGGGAGAGCCGCUGCAUCUCCGCCACUUUGGCAACGGUGACGCUAUCAAUUGGUAAGAAAUAAUUGUUCAAGUGCAAGCAAGUUGUCUAUAUUAUUAUUUGGCGUCGUGCACAAACAACCAAAAGUCUCUUUUUCAUCCUCCG